ACACCUCUCAUAAAUAGGAAGAUCCCCCGCCCUCAUUCUCUCAUCCUCGCAUGAAUUGAAGGCCGCUUUCUUAGAUUCGCAGUUUGCAUCACUUUCUAGCUUCCCUGCACAAAUUCUUUACUUCCUUUCUUUCAUUAAAUCCUCGAUAUUAUUAGUUGAAAUGUUUCUUCGGAGAAAGCAUACUCAGAAGGAUGAUCCUGAGCAACGAGAUUCAAAGAUCAGUGAACUCAGGGCUGCUAUAGGACCCUUGUCCGGUCGCAGUUCAAAGUACUGCACUGAUGCAUGCCUGAGGAGAUAUUUGGAAGCUCGGAAUUGGAAUGUCGACAAAGCAAAGAAAAUGUUGGAAGAGACAUUAAAGUGGAGAUCGACUUAUAAACCUGAAGAAAUCCGCUGGCGUGAAGUGGCGCAUGAAGGCGAGACUGGAAAAGUUUCCAGGGCAAAUUUUCACGACCUUCAAGGAAGGACUGUGCUUAUAAUGAGGCCUGGAAUGCAGAAUACAAAUUCAGGAGAAGACAAUAUCCGCCAUUUGGUCUAUCUUCUAGAAAAUGCUAUCAUGAAUUUAGCUGAGGGCCAGGAACAAAUGUCCUGGUUGAUAGACUUCACUGGGUUUUCAUUGAACACCACUAUUUCUAUCAAAACAGCCCGUGAUAUCAUUUACAUUCUACAAGACCAUUAUCCAGAGAGGCUGGCCGUUGCUUUCUUGUACAAUCCACCAAAGAUUUUUGAAGCAUUCUAUAAGGCGACUAGGUAUUUUCUGGAUGCGAAAACAGUUCAGAAGGUGAAGUUUGUGUAUCCUAAAAAUAAAGAUAGCGUGGAGCUCAUGAAAUCAUACUUUGAUGUUGAAAACCUCCCGAGUGAAUUUGGGGGAACCGGAACGCUGAAGUAUGACCAUGAAGAAUUCUCACGAUUGAUGGCUCAGGAUGAUGUUAAAACUGCUAAGUUCUGGGGAAUUGACGAGAAGCAUCAUCACAUUGCGAAUGGCAAUGGGCAUUCAGUUGCUGAAGUGGCACCACAGCCAGCACCAAUUGCGCAGAAAUCAAGCUAACCGAAUUGAGCCUGCGCACUAGCUAUUGUCUGGAGUGUUAUGUCAGAAAUCAAGAGAUGUAAAAUAUACAUAGGGUCGGGCUUCAAUAGGCAGACUUGUAUCAACUUGAAUCAACUAUUUGGCACUGUAUAUCAAUAUCCACUUGCUUGCUUAGGUGAAAAAAAGCUCAUAACUUGCUCUCAGUGCUAAUCAUUAAGAUAAAAAAGAAUCUCACUUUUUUUUAAAUCGUCUUUUAUAGGGUAUGGUUUAUAUAAAACAAAUGAAGUUCAUAAUACCUUUGUUUUAGGGCA